UUUGUUUCCUCUGUAGAUGGGUGCAGCAUCUGGGCUUGCACUUUUCUUCUGGCUCCUCCAGCUGUGUUUGCUAUCAUGCAUGUGUCAAGAGCCGACAGACUUUGAUGAGCGGGGUGCGUUCCAGCCCCAGAGUGCCCUCACCGACAUGGAGUUCGUGAGCGUGAGCACCUACCGGGGGCCGGGCAACAAGGACACCCGCAGCAACAAGGAGCUGCCCAUCCUUCUGUGGUGGAGCGCCAACCUGUUUCCACAUUUCCCCGGAGACACCGAGCGUAUAGACUGUGCCCGCUCGAGCUGCCUGGUGACCCGGAACCGAAAAGUCCAACUGCAACGGCGCACGCCGUCGAUCAUCUUCUACGGCACGGAUUUCCGCGCGUACGAGGCACCGCUGCCCCGCCUGCCCCACCAGACGUGGGCGCUCUUCCACGAGGAGUCGCCCAUGAACAACUAUCUGCUGUCUCAUGGGCCCGGGAUCCGCCUGUUUAACUACACAGCUACUUUCCGCAGGGGGUCGGACUACCCGCUCACGCUGCAGUGGCUCCCCACUCUCGAGUACCUGCUCCAGCCUCCGUCUGUCUCUCUGGAGGAGAAGAACCGCUGGAGGAAGAGCGGUCUGGCCCCGGUGCUGUACAUGCAGUCUCACUGCGACGUGCCCUCCGACCGGGACCGCUUCAUCCGAGAGCUCAUGAAGUACAUCCAGGUGGACUCGUACGGGAAGUGUCUCAACAACAAGGCCCUACCCGAAUACCUGGAGGACACCAGCACGGCGACUGGCGAGGAUCCCCGCUUCAUGAGCUUCGUAUCCCGCUACAAGUUCCACCUCGCCUUCGAGAACGGCCUGUGCCCCGACUACAUGACGGAGAAGCUGUGGAGGCCCAUGCACCAGGGCUGCGUUCCCAUCUACAGGGGCUCGUCCUCCGUCUCCGACUGGCUCCCGAACGACCGCUCGGCCGUUCUGGUCCAGGAUUUCGCCUCUCCGCAGGAACUGGCCGAAUUCGUCAAGUCUCUGGAUGAAAACGACGCCGAAUAUUCGCGGUACUUAAAGUACAAAACGCCCAGCAGGGUCACCAACCUGCGCCUGCUGGAGGGUCUUCGGGACAGAGAGUGGGGCGUGAACGACAUGAGCAAACCCAACUACCUGAAUGGCUUCGAGUGUUACGUGUGCGAUCGAGAGAACGAGCGACUGACCGCGGCGAAAAUGCACAAGCGCGACCCUGAGACGUACCCGGCACCUCGACCGAAAAUGGCCGAUAACGCACACAUGGGAUGCCCGCUUCCCAGUCCUGGCUUUGGGACUGUAGAGGAGAUCGAUCCCAAUGAUAGCUGGUUGCAGACAUGGCCGCAGGACUACUGGCAGAGUCUGGACCAGGCGGGAGGUCUGGUGUCACUGAUAGCCCAUAACGAGUCUGACCCUGGACGGCUCUGGCACCACAUGCACAGAAUGGCCGUGAGGAGAGGUCAAUAACACGAGAGGUUUUUUUAGGAGAAGAAUUUUCACAUGAAGGACAAACUUUGGUUGAUCCGCUGCAUUUGGACCGGACGGAGCCACCGGCUGACGGCACUGAACCGCAGUGCGCACUACAAAACUCUCGCAGUCUAGUCAUAAAUCCAAAUUAAAAAUAAAACUCCAUGUGUAACUACAGAAAUAACACAGAAACAGAAAGUCUGAAAGCAAAAAAAGGAUUGACUUGGAUGCAUAAUCAAGGCUGCGUGGGAUCAAACAGAACCAAAAUCCUGUAAAAGUGAAUCCACUUUAUAUUUUAUAUGUUUGCACAGUGAAUGACUUGUUCUAUUGUUUGCAGUAUUAUAAAAUACAAUCUUAUUUAAGGUCUGCAUGUAAAUAGCAUCCAGAUGUGUUUAUCAGUGCAGCUGUACUGAACAGUGGUUUAUAAAUCAUUCAUUUGUCAGGAAGCUCUAGCUGACAUUUAAACAAAAUCUGCUGUUCAAAUAUAGAUUUUUCUCUUACGUGCUGGUAUUUCUAGCAUUUUAAAUAUGCAUGUGUGUACAUUUCAUUUACAAACCUACAAUAGUGUAUAAGAGCUGCUGUCAAAAAAAACUGAGUUUUAAUCUCAAGAAUAAAGACAAAAUGAUUACAAGAAUAAAAUUGAAAUUAGGAGAAUGAAUUCAUAAUGAUUACGAGAAUAAAUUAGAAAUGGUUAGGAGAAUAAAAUAAAAUUAUUAGGAAAAUAAAAUUAAA